UCUGGAAGUAUCAGAAACUGACGACAAAAGUCCCAAAUGAAAGAUCGUCAUUAGAGACAUUAAGUGGCAAUCUUCAACGCCAAGAUUUGAAGACAAGAACAGGGUACAAUGGAUCGUUAAAGUUAUACAUUAGAAGAUAUAGUAAUGUUAACUACUUUCUAGUCCAUAAAGAUACGAAUAAUGUCGAAGAGGAUGAUGAUAGUCAUAAUGGAAACUAUGCUGACAGUUUUGAGGAGGAUAAUGGGAAUAGAGAAAGAAGAAGUAGAAGUUUAGUAUCAAUGGAAUAUAAUAGUGAUUAUGAGAAGGAUAACAAUUAA